AUGAUUGGCAAACACGUAGCUGAAGUUCAGAGAAUUAUUCCUCGCGUACGAAAAUGCUUGAUGGAAACACUUGUGCCGAUACACCUUAGAUUUGGCCAUUUGGCCCACAACGACUUUGUUGAAAAACACACGACGCCAAUUGCCAAGGAGCUGUUUACGACAGGAAAAGAAGCCGUCCUUGUACUUGAUGGGACAUACCUAUACAUACAAAAGAGUAUGGACUACAAAUUCCAGAGGAUGUCCUACUCACUACAUAAGAACAGGCCAUUGGUAAAGCCUAUGAUGGUGGUAGGAACAGAUGGAUACAUCCUGAGUGUACUGGGUCCAUACCUGGCUGACUACGGCAACAACGACGCCAGCAUCACCAAGCAUGUACUGAACCACAACCCUGAAGAGAUUCGGACAUGGUUGAAGAGAGAUGACGUCUUCAUUGUUGACCGUGGGUUCAGAGACGCUGUGGAAUACUUGGAAAAGAUCGGAUUGAAGGUAGAAAUGCCCGCUUAUCUAGCCAAAGGGAAAAAACAACACACUACGGAAGAGUCCAACUUGUCCCGGUUGGUGACAAAGGUAAGUUGUUGA